AUGGCUGCCAGAACACUACGCAUAGGUCUCAUCCCCGGAGACGGUAUCGGACGGGAGGUCAUUCCUGCUGGUCGGCGACUCUUGGAAUCUCUUCCAACCUCACUGGGUCUCAAAUUCUCCUUUGUUGACCUCGAUGCUGGCUUUGAUACUUUCAAGAAGACUGGCAGUGCGCUACCCGACAAGACGGUUGAUACCUUGAAGAAGGAAUGUGACGGUGCUUUGUUUGGUGCAGUUAGCUCCCCAAGCACCAAAGUUGCCGGCUACUCCUCUCCCAUCGUCGCUCUCCGCAAGCGUCUCGACCUCUACGCCAAUGUUCGCCCCGUCAAGACCACUGCCGGCGGCAGCGCAACCGGCUCUCCCAUCGAUCUCGUCAUCGUCCGUGAAAACACCGAAGAUCUAUACGUGAAGGAAGAAAAGACAAUCGAAGGCCCCAACGGCAAGGUUGCCGAGGCUAUCAAGCGUAUUUCGGAACGCGCCUCUUUCCGCAUCGCUACCAUGGCCGGCGAAAUCGCUCUUCGACGACAGAAGAUCCGUCAAGUCUCUCCAGGAACGUCGCACUUGUCCAAGCCUAUGGUUACCAUCACUCACAAAUCCAAUGUCUUGUCUCAGACCGACGGUCUAUUCCGUGAGACUGCCCGCAAAGCUCUCGCAGAUCUUAAGUUCAGCACCAUUGAAGUUGAGGAGCAAAUCGUCGAUUCCAUGGUGUACAAGCUUUUCCGUCAACCUGGUUACUACGAUGUCAUUGUUGCGCCCAACCUGUACGGCGAUAUUUUGUCCGACGGUGCUGCCGCCCUUGUCGGUAGCUUGGGUCUAGUUCCCAGCGCUAAUGUUGGUGAUGAUUUCGCUAUUGGUGAGCCUUGCCAUGGAAGUGCCCCCGAUAUUGAAGGAAAGGGCAUUGCCAAUCCUAUCGCUACUCUGCGUAGUGUGGCGCUUAUGCUUGAGUUCCUUGGUGAGGAGCCUGCUGCUGCCAAGAUUUAUGCUGCUGUUGAUGCCAACCUUGAUGAGGGCAAGUAUCUUUCGCCUGAUCUUGGCGGAAAGGCUACUACCCAGGAAGUCCUUGAUGAUGUCUUGAAGAGAUUGUAA